AGCGGAGCGGGCGGCGGCCGCCAUGUUGGGAGCGUCGGGGCGCCUGUAGCCCGGAAGGCCGCGGGGGGCGGAGCAGGGCCUCAUCGGGGCUUCGUCGGGGCCAGCCAAGCGGCGGCGAAGCAGCAGCACGAGGCGGCGGCGUUGUGGUUGUCGUCGUCCGCAACUCGGGCCGGCCGGGCUCGCCUCAGGCGCGAGGGGGCGUGAGGAGGAGGCGGCGGCGGCGGCCCGGGAGCGGGGCCCCCCUCGCCGCCACCACCACCACCAUGAGCGGAGGGACGCCGUACAUCGGCAGCAAGAUCAGCCUCAUUUCCAAGGCCGAGAUCCGCUAUGAGGGCAUCCUCUACACCAUCGACACCGAGAACUCCACCGUGGCGCUCGCCAAAGUUCGUUCUUUUGGUACGGAAGACAGACCCACUGAUCGGCCUAUACCACCUCGUGAUGAAGUAUUUGAAUACAUUAUAUUCCGUGGCAGCGAUAUUAAAGAUUUAACUGUUUGUGAACCACCUAAACCACAGUGUUCUCUGCCCCAGGAUCCAGCUAUUGUUCAGUCUUCUCUAGGAUCACCUUCCACUUCUUCAUUCCAGUCUGUGGGCUCCUAUGGUCCUUUUGGCAGAAUGCCAGCCUACAGUCAGUUUAGCCCAAGCCCACUGGUGGGCCAACAGUUUGGAGCUGUUGGUGUUGGAAGUUCAUUGACAUCUUUUGGAACUGAAAGUUCCGCCAAUGCUAGUUUGUCCCAAAGCAGUGCAGUGGGUUCCACUUUUGCCACGGAUGCAAGAUCACUCAAGACGCAGCUCUCCCAAGGUCGUUCAAGUCCUCCAUUAGACCAUUUGAGGAAGAGUCCAACCUUGGAACAAGCAGUACAGACUGCAUCGGCCCACUUAACAUCAGCACCCGUUGGGAGAAGGAGCCCUGCUUCAUCCAGACUUCUAGCACCUGCUAGCCAAAAAUCUUUAGAAAAUCAGGAGCACAGAAGAGCUGAAGCACACAAAGUUUCAAGAUCUGAAGCAGAUCAACUGAGAAGUGAAAAUAAGCGUCCAAUGGUCCCAGGUGCGCCUCCAGUACGAAGGGGUCGUGGAGGUCACCGUGGAGGCAGAGGAAGAUUUGGGAUUCGACGGGAAGUUCCAAUGAAGUUUGAGAAGGACUUUGACUUUGAAAGUGCAAAUGCACAAUUCAACAAGGAGGAAAUAGAUCGUGAAUUUCACAAUAAGCUGAAACUGAAAGAAGAUAAGCUGGAGAAGCCUGUAAAUGGGGAAGAUAAAGGUGAUUCAGGUGUUGACACCCAGAACAGUGAAGGCAACGCGGAAGAAGACGAUCCGCUUGGACCCAACUGCUAUUAUGACAAAACCAAGUCUUUCUUUGAUAACAUCUCCUGCGAUGACAACAGAGAACGAAGACCAACAUGGGCUGAAGAAAGAAGAUUAAAUGCAGAGACAUUCGGAAUUCCGAUGCGUCCAAACCGUGGCCGUGGGGGCUUCCGGGGGAGAGGUGGAGGAGUCGGUGGUUUCCGAGGUGGUAGAGGACGCGGAGGCCCAAGAGGAGGUUUCGGUGCCCCUCGAGGAUUUCGUGGUGGAUUCAGAGGUGGACGUGGCGGCAGGGAGUUUGCAGACUUUGAAUAUAGGAAAGACAACAAAGUUGCUGCAUAGUCUACAAGGAAGUUGAAGCAGGGGGGACCGUGUAGAUCUUCAUGGUUCCAGAGAUGUCGUUCUUUGCAAAGAAUUGAGUUAAUUUGCUGUAAAACUCAUCACCAGCACUGGGGUUUGUUUUUCAUUUCAAAGGGGUAUGGAGCAGUAACCUUUUUGGAGAAGAAUAAAGGCCAUCUUUGAAAACAAUGAGCAUUAAAUAUAUUUGAGAUAGAAGACAAGUAAUUUCUUACAUAUAGUUAAGAUAUAAAGCAGUAAAGCUUCAAUGGAGUUUAAGUAUUUUUUUCAUUGCAGAGCAUUUUUCUUAACUAAAAUUGUAUUGGAUAAUUGCUGCAGGCUGCAAAGACAAUUGUAUGCAGAAGGCCGUCAGUACUGUGAGUGUGUUGAUCCUGUGAAGGCUGUUUUUGGAAUCUUGUAAUAUCCCUUUUGAGAUGGUUGUACUUUUGUCAGAUAGGGUGCUGGGUGGUAGAAAACUUGAUUUGUCAGUCAAAAAAUGUAAACACCGUAAAUACUGUUUCUUAGGCAAAGGAAAACUUUUUAUAGUUGUAAAAUUCCAUGAUUCUCCCAUUGCCAAAGAAACACUAAGGACUUUGUAUAGCUGUAUAAAAAGCAACUAAUUUUUUAAAGAAUAAACAUUUUUAAGUCAAUAAACCUGCUGUGUUGAAAUGCUCACACAUACAUACACACACACACCUGCACACAGACACACAAGUUCAUUGAUCGGGGUCCCCCUCCCCCCCCCCCAAAAAAAGCUUUUCCAGCUUUAAACUAGUUUGGUUUUUUAUAUUUGACUACAAAAACGUGAAGGUUCUUCCGUUCUACAAAACUAGAUAAAAUAAUUUUCUUGCAAGAAAUUAAUUUUGUGGUCUCUGGUAUAUAGCAGGAUUUGACAAAUUAAGGCGCUUUCAAAUAAAGUCAAACUUUGAUGCUUCAUUUCACAAUUUGUAUGCGUGAAGAUUCUUAGAAGUAAAAAUGACCCAGGCACAUGAGUUCUGAUGUCCCCUUUGAUGUGUGCCUGAGUUAAAAAUGUCUCCAUGUGUCAAUUCUUGAAACGUUGACUUUGUUUUAAUAUUGUUGAAAUUCUCAAUUUAAAAGUGAAUUCUUAGUGUUUGCAAUGGCUUGAGUUUUGAUGGACUGUAGCUUGGAGACAUUGAAUGCUCAUUCUUAGAUCAGUAUCCCAACAGUGAUUUGGUAUGGGGUGAAGUUCUGCCAAUUCUGAAUUGCUAGUUAUGGCUUUUUAUAUUAAGUUAUAUAUUAGAAGCAGUAAUCUGGUCAUUUGUGUUUGUGUAUAUGAAAGCCACAGGAAUAAAGGGAUCCAAAGAUUAAAUUUUUUUUAUCUGA